AUGAAGAGUUGGAAAAAAAACCCUGUUUUUAAGUGUUUCAACUUUCAAUUCUUCCCCUCUCUCAGUCGCUCAGUUGGACCGGAUCCAGAGUAUGCCAAAAUUGUGUCAGGCUACAAAGUCUUCAAUUCCAAGGAGGCGUUUUAUCUGAAGUACAACAACGCCGCCUUGCCAGAGAUUACCGUGGCUUACGAAACAUGGGGAGAGCUGAACGAAGAGAAAGAUAAUGCUGUUUUAAUUUACACUGGUCUUUCGGCAAGUUCGCAUGCCAAGAGCCAUGAGGGAAACCCCGCCCCUGGCUGGUGGGAAAAGUUUGUCCCUGGGUGUGCCAUUGACACUUCUUUCUUCGUCAUCUGUGCCAACCAUGAUGGGGGUUGCUAUGGUAGCAGUGGUCCCAGUUCUACCAAUCCGUUAACCAAUCAGGUAUGGGUUUUUUUUGGGUCACAAAAUUCUCUAGGAGGGAUGUGCUUUCUGAUGGCUGCAGCCUUACACCCUGAUAGACUCGCAAGUAACUGGUCGGGUUGUGCUCAGCCACAUCCGUCGUCAAUAUCCAUACGCAGCAUCGAGCGAAAAAUAAUCAUGUGCGACCCCAACUGGAAAAUUGGGCACUAUUACGGCGGGGUUUUCCCCAAGAUGGGCAUGAAACCGGCCAGGGAGAUCGAGACGAUGACAUACAGGAGCGGACCUGGAUGGGAUCAUCGAUUUGGUAGGAAGCGCAUUGAAGACACAGACCACAUCAGUCUUUGUCCCACGUUUCUGAUAGAAAACUACUUGGAACAUCAGAGGGAGAGCUUCAGUAUUAAAUAUGACCACAACUCUUUGCUCUAUAUGUCUAAGACCAUGGAUCUGUUUGACAUGUCAGAAGGUUGUCCCUCACUCACAGAAGGCAUCACCUGUCCUGUACUGUUCAUGGGUGUCCGGACUGACAUCCUAUUUCACAUCCGGCAACAGAGGGAGAUAUUCACCUACCUGGACGAAGCAGGUAUCAAUGAGGCUGUGACUUUCUACGAAUUGAAUUCUCCUUAAGAACAUGACACGUUCUUACUGUAUCUGAACGGAGUAGGAGCUGGUGUUAAGGGCUUCCUGGAAACAGACAUGGUGGAGAAGGGGUGGCUGACAAAGCACAAACACAAGCUACCCAAGUGA